AUGGAAACUUUGAAAUGCGACGGAACUGCUGACGAGGAAUGCAAACAUAUGGACAAUAACAAUAACAACCCUUUAACCCUUCUUGGUUCAUGGAAGCCACUCUCUGCUACACUUGGAUUCAGUGGGUUCUGCCCGGGAUUCAGGGGCGAUGCCAUUUCGUAUUACCUCGCAUCGGUCACGUCGGGGAGUUAUCCCUGGCUCUUUGACAUCCUGAAAUCGGAAUGCGCUGCACGCGUUCCAGUUGCUGGUUUUCACGAGCUGCUGUCUGUCUCAACAAUCGGAUCAAAUUGCCCAUCUGGAAUACGGGCCCAUACCAGGAUGAAACCGUUGAAAUUGCCAAAAAUCAUAUAUGCCAGGGCCAUCUGCUCGAACCUGCUUGAACCAGCCUGUUCAGAAUCAGACUUCACACUUGAGGGUGUUACUGGCUAG